CCCUGCCGUCGCGCGCACGAGAGAAAGCCGGGCCGGUCGUGAGAGGAGCCGCGCGCGAGGGCGAGCGCCGUCGGGGAUUGCCAGGGGUGCCCGUAUAGCCCAACGCGUCCUCGGCUGCCUGCGCGGCACGCUGCAGCCCCUGGCUAGGGGCCCUCGGAGCCUCGGAAGGGGCGGCUCCGGGAGGCCGCCUGGCCCCCCACGGAAAUCCUGGGGGCACCCUGGGCCAGGGACGCCCCCGGCGACAUCCGAAGGAGGGCGCGCGGCCGGGCGGGCCGGGCCGCCAGGUCUGUCCACCCCCGACCAAUGGCCUCCGAUGAAUCGCCGCUUCCCCUCGGGGCAGGACGGGCCGGGAAAGGCGGAGAAGUCGCACCCGGUUUUCCACGAGGGGCACGCAAGCAAGACGUGCCCAAACCACCAGCGGAUGCUUUCGCCGAGAGCGCAUCGCCCCGACGAGCGUGCGCGCAGGGAGGCCGUCCUGAAGAGCACAGAUGGCGGUGAAGACGCGCUGAAGCAGAUUGUGUAGUAACGUGGCUGCUUAGCCAAUGGUGGCAGCGGUGGUGAGAUCGUCAGUGCACUGAGCCCUAGUUCCGAACUGACCACUGAUACGUUCCCAGGGUGCGGGUGCAAGUGAUCACCCUUCUCCAACGAAUACCCACCAAUUGUACCAAUCGGUCGACGCCACCCUCCCUUGGAAAUUGAAACCUUUCAAAUCAACUGAAGUCUUCAUAGCGAAUGCUGACUGCACUGCCGAAUCCGGCUUCGCAAGGACCAGUUCCCCGCCAUCAAGUUCAACGACGUGUCCCACUAUUCUUCCCUUCUCACCUCCCUGAACACUGGCGCACGGGAACCUCUUACCAUUGAAAAGGGGGAGCGUGCCCUCCGAAAUCCUUAAACGUUCUGGUGAGAACCCCUGCAAGAACACAACGUCGUCUCCCGAGCCGAGUCGCGGAGGCACGGCAGGGACGACGUCUCCAGCUGCCAGCAUGUCCUGGCGUGUUUGGUCCCUGGUCUUGUUUGAGGCCGCUGCAAGAAUCAUGAGCUGAGCGGUGCUCAAAGGUUUGCCCACCUCACACUUGUUGCUGCCGCUGAGACCACGGCGAGAAUGGCGGUCGACACCGUCUUGUGUCCACGUGGGAGCUUGACAACCCGCGAAAGUCCUCUCGCUCUGGUCUUCCAGGUUCUGCAACCAAUCCUUACGCAGAGUCUCCGCUGAAUGUUUGAACAGCGCGUCAGAUGACCAGUCCACGUAUUUGAUCAUCAAUGUCGCGUUGGUGAUCGUUGAGAGCUCCUUCACAAGUGAAAUAAAUCAUAUUCGUGCGCUCAAGCUCGCAGCCCUUUCCCCCACCAGUUAUCAAAUAGAGGCCGACUACUUUUGGCGCCCGGAAGUCACGAACCAUCGUGAUGAUACUUGCUUUCCAAGCCCUAACGAAGUCUGCAUCUUUUGUCUCGGCCAUCUUAGCGACGACCUGGUCCACCAGCGAAUAAUGCCACCCUGAAUGUGCCUGCGAAUAUUCUUGCAAGAUCUGCUGCUGAUGGCCGGGCCCCCCUUGAUCUUGGAACGGGCACGAGACAAAAAUGAUGUGCUCUCCUUCUUUCAAGUUGUUGUCUGCUUUGUUGUGGCUCCUGGUUAUUAUUCCCCACCGAUAGGUUGGUGGCGCCUCAAAAAACGCCAUGCAACAGAAGCGCGCUCAAAUCUGGGGCGCGAUCCAGUGCGUCAACCUCCAUCUCGAACCAACGUGGCUACGGUCU